AUGUCUGAAUCAUCUCAACCCUGUGACCCUUACGCUCGUCUAGGCAUUGUAAGGAAUCCAGAUGGCACCAUCACUUCCGACCGAACCAAAUUCCCCCGCGUCCCACCCACACCUGACUUCGUCGUAUCCAAAGACUUUAAAGUGAACCAAUCAAAGUCAACAUGGAUGCGUCUCUACGCCCCCAUUACCGCACCGAACGGCGGAAAACUCCCUCUCGUUGUUUACUUCCACGAUGGAGGAUUCAUCAACGGCAGCUUUGAUCUCAAACCAGUCCACGGCUUCUGCAACUGUAUGGCGCUUAAGCUCAACGUGGUCGUCGCGUCAGCUUCGUACCGGCAAGCUCCCGAGUUUAAACUCCCGGCGGCGUACGACGACGGAUUGCAUGCUCUGAAAUGGAUUAAAAACUUACCCGACAACGGGUGGAUCAAAACUUACGUAGAUCUUUCUGAAGUGUUCCUCAUGGGGACAAACUCCGGUGGUAACGUGGCUUACAACGUUGGAAUUAGAUCCACCGAGGAAGAUCUAACUCCGUUAUGUAUCCGUGGAUUGAUCUUACUCGAUCCCUUUUUCGGUGGCCAAGAGCGGUGCGAGUCUGAGCUCAGACAUGUGAACGAUCAGCAUUUUCCGCUUGCUCUCACAGACCUUUGCUGGAAGCUUUGUCUCCCUGACGGAGCUGACCGAGAUCACGAGUAUUCAAAUCCGAGGAUGGGAGAUAGAGCGGGUAAUAUGGAGAUAAUGUUGAGAUGGAAGGUGAUUAUUACUGGAGAAAGAGGAGGCGCAAUGAUAGAUAGGCAGAGAGACGUGGCGAAGUUGAUGAAGGAGAACGGAGUUUAUGUGAUUGAGCAUUUUACCGACGGUGGUGAUCCUAACAAGACUGAAACUAUGUUUGCUUUCAUGCCAAGUUUUAUUUACUCUUCUCCACCGUUAGAGUUUUUUUUUUAA